AUGGGAGACUGGAGCUUCUUGGGUAAUAUUUUGGAAGAAGUAAACGAACACUCCACUGUGAUUGGCCGCGUUUGGCUCACAGUUCUGUUCAUUUUCCGCAUUUUAAUUCUGGGCACGGCGGCAGAGUUUGUCUGGGGAGACGAGCAGUCCGAUUACGUAUGUAACACUCAGCAGCCAGGUUGCGAGAAUGUGUGUUAUGACGAGGCCUUUCCAAUCUCCCAUAUCCGCCUAUGGGUGUUACAAAUCAUUUUUGUAUCCACACCUUCACUUGUAUACGUCGGUCAUGCUGUCCAUUACAUCCACAUGGAGGAAAAGCGAAAGGAGCGUGAAGAAGCUGAGGUCAGCCACCAACAGCAAGUAGGUGAGGAGCGUCUUCCACUUGCAGAUCAGGGAAGUGUUCGCACCACCAAGGAUGCCAGCACGAAGGGUAGCAAAAAGUUCAGACUCGAGGGCACUCUGCUUUUCACGUACAUAUGCCAUAUCAUCUUCAAAGCUCUUUUUGAAGUAGGCUUCGUGGUUGGACAGUACUUCCUCUACGGGUUCCGCAUCCUGCCGCUGUACCAGUGCAGUCGUUGGCCAUGCCCCAACACAGUGGACUGCUACGUCUCCCGACCCACUGAGAAGACCAUCUUUAUCAUUUUUAUGCUCGCAGUUGCUUGUGUUUCACUGUUCCUUAACUUUGUGGAGAUCAGCCACCUCGCCUUGAAGAAGAUCCGAUUUGUAUUCCACCGACCAGCUCCAGCGCAGUUGGAGCCUCUUGGACCACCUGAGAGGAGCUUACCAUUCCUUCUGACCACCCCUGUCCAAAAAUCAAAGGGUUACAGGCGCCUUGAAGAGGAGAAGAAAGACGAGGUGGCGCACAUAUAUCCACUAGCUGAGGUUGGUAUGGAAGAGGGCCAGUUCUUCUCGCCUCAGCUGGAGAAGGAGCAGAAAAGGAGUCACGAGGCGGUUAUGCCAACAGCGCCACCUGUAGAGGAGACAAUCAUAUGCGAUGAGACUCAACCCUCCUUCAUUCAGGUCACAGAGACACUACCAAAGCUUCCACCACAAGAACCACUUCGGGAAGGAGAUGAGGUGGACAGCUUAAAAUCUCCAACAGUUUUCCCAGAAGUACUGGAGGAGCGUUCAGAAGGGGAAAGUGUGGAGGAAACAUAUUUAAUAUCACUUGAAGAGAGUUUGGAUAUAGAUCUAGGAGAACUGGCCUGUAGAGAGGUGACUGAGGAAAAGUCAGCGAUGGAGAGUAGCUUAAUAGAUGCUGAGCCAACACAGGAAGAAAGACUUUCAGGAGCAGAAGAAGAGAAGGAAAACUUACAGGAAACUGGGGAAAAAGAGCAUAACACCUUUAAGGUCCAAGAGUUGAGGAAAGAAGGGAGUUUACCUGAUGUGCUUGAGGUAGCGACAGCAGUUGAGGUGUAUGACCAAGAGAGGGAACUAUGUGAAAUUGAGCCUUUUGUUAAUGAAGACAUUUUGGAAAAGGUGAUUACUGGUGAUCUGGACAUGUCUAAAAUAUCUGAGGGGGAGCAAGAGCCUGAGGCUUUAGGGGAGGUAGCAGGGUCAAAUUUACCUGACAUAGAGCCCAUUGGGGAUGAAGUGGAUAUGGGAAAGGGCAAAGCUAAGGGGGGUGUAGAAGAUAUGGAAGGGGAUGAAGUUCAACAGGAUGUAGUAGACUCAGAAGUGGCCAAACCUUCAGAGGAAGUGGUAGAUAUAGGAAAGGGUGAAACUCUAGAGGGUCUAGUGGAUGUAGGAAGAAGUUGUGCUUUAGAAGAUGUAUUACAAACAGGCAAGAAUGAAGUUUUAGAAAAUCUGAAUGAAGUUAGACCUUUUGAUGCCGCAGUCAGUAAAGGUGAGGAGGUUCUAGAUAAAGCUGUAGGACUUGCUGCUGACACUGAACAGGUGGAGAUCUCCUUGAAGAUAGAGGAUCCAGAAGAGGUCCAAGUCUCUAGGGAGUGUGAUGGGUCAGGGAAAAAAGAGGAUUCUGUGGAAACUGGAGGCCUAGAGGAGGAGGAGUAUUCUGGAGAAAUGAAGGCCACAGAGGAGAUGUUGGAUGUAUCACCUGCACCUCUGGAACUAGACAAAACAGAGGAAACAAGAUCAUUAAGUCGUCUCAGCAAAGGUAGCAGCAGAGCCAGGUCAGAUGAUCUAACAAUAUGACUGAACAACAAGCAGAAACUUGACAGAAAAAUCCCCAAAUUCCCAAGUGCCACAUUAUCAGGUGAAUCAUUGGACAAACAUGUUUUCUUGGGGUUUUCAACAUGUCAUGAAAUGCCCCAAGUAUGAAUUAUCCCCCUUAUUGAAUGUAUAUACUUCAUGUAUAAAGGCCCAUACUGUAUGAGAAAAAAACAUAUUAUGAAUUUCUUGUAACCACCUAGGAGUUCU